AUGAUAUAUUUUAAUAAAAUAUAUCAAUUAUGUAAUCCAGCAAAACAUUUAUGGUGGUUUUGUCCUUGGCCAAAUACUCAAACAACAGUUUGCAGUUGGAAUGAUCAUUUUUCAAUAAUGACUGAACGAAUUCGUUCUCCGGAAUCAUAUGAAGAAAUAUUUUCAUCACUUCCAAAAGUUCGAUCUUCUUUUGAAUUUAACAAUUUAACAUUGAAAAAAUGUACUGAACCAUCAAUAGAUAUAUAA